ACAAAACAACAACACCAUCAUCACAUCUUUCUUCAUCUUAAAACACCUUUUGAACAAAUUUACAAUAACAAUAAUAAUUUCAAUAUGGCACCAAAACAUAAACCAAAGAAUAAUAACAAACCUAAAAACACACCGAGUAAUAACACCAAGAGGCAGGAUCACUCUGAUCCUUCUCAGACAGGUGUUAACAAAACCAGUAAUAAUAACGCAAUGUCAGAACCUAAUGUACAGGGAAGAUCUUUUAAUUCUAAUAAUCAAGCCAAUAGUAAUAAUGGUAAUAACAAUAUUAGGAGAAAUACAAGCACUUCUUCUAUCACAAGUACUGACAGCAAUUCGAGUAAUGAUGGAUCUAAUUCUCCACUUCCUAGAAGGAACAAUACAAAUUCUUUGAAGAAGAAUAAUCUAUCAAACAACAACAACAUAUCACCAACUUCUCCUAGUACUCAUCAAAUUAAGAGAAAACAACACGUUCCACCUCCUUUGAAUACUAAUUUAACACCAAAACCUAGUGAGAGGAUUGAACUUGUAUGGAACUGUUUAAAAUCACCACUUAAACCACCAGUAAGAGGGUUUCACUCUUGUACACUAGUGGGCGAUAAACUUUAUAUUAUUGGAGGUGAUAAUAGAGUGGAACACUUUAAGGAUGUUUGCAUUUAUGAUUUGAAAACCAAUUAUUGGAUUAAACUAUCAGAAAAUUCAAAUCUUCCAAUGCCUAGAACAGGCCACUCAGCAGUACUGUAUCAAGAUAAAUUGUAUUUAUUUGGUGGAAAAAACGAAAACUAUUACACCUCUGAUCUAUUUAUUUACGAUCUG